AUGAGGACAGAUGACAGUAAACAUCGAAAUGCCAGACUUGUAUUCCCAGGACUCUCAGAGAUCAGUGGUAAUAAAAGUCAGAAACAUGUUCUGAGACCUGAAUCUCUUGAAGGGACCGACGAAGAGGAUCCCGUUACAGCCCUGGAAUGGGACCCACUGUCUACCGAUUACCUCCUAGUGGCUAAUUUGCAUCGUGGAAUUCGCCUAGUAGAUUCGGAAUCACUUUGUUGCAUAACGACAUUUAAUUUUCCCAGCGCAGUAGCUUCUGUGCAAUGCUUGGCCUGGGUUCCCAAUGCUCCUGGCAUGUUUAUAACUGGAGAUUCCCAAGUGGGUGUUUUGCGCAUUUGGAAUGUUUCUAGAGCAACACCUGUUGAUAAUUUUAAAUUAAAGAAAACAGGGUUUCACUGCUUCCAUGUACUGAAUUCUCCUCCAAGGAAGAAAUGUAAGUAA